AUGCGUGUCUUAUCUUUCGCCUUGGCCUUCUUCGCGGCCGAUAUCGUUGUUGAAGCUGGAGUGUGCAAACCUGCCCGAACAACUACUGCUCAGUCCGUCCUCACUUCAAGUGUGGAAUCAUCUGCCACCGCGGUAUCCACUGCCGUGACUGAAACAUCUGUGGUCUCCGCCGAAUCUCUUACCUCUGCAACUGAGACAGUGAUCCCUACCUCAUCGAUCGAAACGUUGACCUCUUCUAUUACGCUGGCUGGAACGACAACGACCGAACUUCUUUCCACUGCUACCACCGAAGAGGCAUCCACUACGACUACCGAACAGACUGCCACUACCACUACUGCAGACGCAGGUCCAGUUGUGACGUCUGGCUCUAUCAUCGGUACUGGGCCGUUCGCUGACCUCACCCUCAAGGGCAACGGCCAACGAUUCACCCCCCUAUCCUUUGCACCAUCCGACUCAACUCAGACCUUGAUCUUCAGCCUCGUCAAUAAUCAGCUUUCGGCAGGCAACAACAACUAUCUAUGCUUGACCUACAAAGACGUAGGUGUUCUCGGGCCGCUAGUACUGUGUCCGUUCGACAAUUUCUCUUCGGCUCCCUUGAAAUGCUCGCAGACAUCUAGCGGCACGCUGUCUUGCACUGCGCCAAACGGAUCUUGCAAUGCGAGCGGGACGUGCAGGAGACCUAACAAUGCUGCCCUAUUUUAUUAA